AUUAUAAUCGUUUUAAACUAGUAUAAUCUAUAAUAACUUGUACAUUCUUUUUAAAAUUAUCUCAUCGCAUAUAUCCCACCGUGGGUGUUUGGGUGUACACCCAUGCAGGAGUACCAACAUAUGCACACCACCCAUAAUUUCUUAAUUCUCAUUAUUUUUUAUUUUUGUUUUUACAACCAAAAUCAAAAGUUUUAAAGUUCCCAAAGUUGCCAAAGUUUGUCAAAGGUCCCAAAUUUAUCCAACUUCUACAGCUAUUUCUCUUCUAGGACCAAGUCAAACCACUAAUUAUAUCUGUAUGUCCAGAAAAAAAGAGUUCUUAUAGCUUCCUUCUGUAUUAAUAUCCUGUACCUUCCUCCCUGUCCAUGUAAAUGAAUGACUUCAAAAAAUGUUAUUUAUAAUGAUUUUGCUCCAGGGGAUUUAAAUAUUUAUAAAAGAUGUGACGGUAAAACUUUUUACGUUCCAGAAUUAUUACACAAUUGUCCCAGUUAUUCAAAGGAACAUUUCCUUUGUAUACACGACCUCAAUCUGUCACAAAGUAUGAUAAGAACUUAUGGAGCUCUGGGUUAUGAAUUAUCUUCACAAAAUUUCUUUAUGAUUGGUAAUCACCCCAUACAAAGAGUUAAAAUCUUUGGUAAAGUAUUGUCUACUCAUUACAAUGAUGAAAAGGAGUAUUAUAUAAUCAGGAUCGAUGAUUCAUCAGGAAGGAAACUGAUUAUAGAUGUCAAGGUGAAUCUAGGAAUCUAUCUACAAUGUUUCCUACCAGAUAAACUUGUUUAUGGAACGAUCAUAUCAAUCCAGGGAUUGUUGAUAGAAUAUGGAUUCCAAAGAAUCAAACAAUUUCUUGCCAAUUAUAUAUCUGUAGAGGGACAAUCUGGUGAUUUACUGGUUGAACUUGAAUUUUGGCAAAGAAUUCUCAAUGAUAGGAAACUCUUACAAACCGCAUGGGUCUAUGAAAGGGAAAUAGAGAUUAUAUCAUUAACCUCAGACGAUGAAGAAGAAGAAGAUGAAGAAGAAGAAGAUCUAUGGGUCACACAAGUUACCAUGGUUAAUUAUAAGUCCCCCAUUGAAUUAUCUGGAGAAUUUCUUACCUGGAUAUUGAACAAUGGGAAACAGAAAUUUAAACUAAUCCAACUUUAUAAAGAUCGUCAAAUAUCCAAACUUUUAGACAUUCAUAUUCAACAAGAUCCAGAACAUCCUAACAAACCUGAUCUUUUCCAUAGAAUUAGACACAUUCUUCACAUUGCAGGCGAAUUAAUCACAGUAUCCAAGUCUCAAGUGGCAGAUUGCACGAAUCUUGAAAGACUUUGUUCUCAAAUCUUUGAUGAGCUUUCAUGGGUCAGACAACAUGGGAAAGUUUUCAAGGCUACACGAUUUGUAGAACAACGACAGGGUGAUGUUUCUAGUGGAUUAUCAACGGUACAUGUGAAUUUCAUAGUAAAAUGGGCGGUAAGAGAUGAAGACAAUUGGAAGUAUGAUGAGAACGAUGACCAAUGGGAAUAUUCCGCUUGAAAUAUAUAUAAGACAUGGUAAACAGAAUCAGAAUAUCGCAAUGUAGAUAAACGGUCCGGUAUAAAACCGGUAGUUACCGUCCUCACAGGUAAUGAAGCAAAGCCCGCCUCACGGGGUCGCUACCCUUCUUCUUCAGUUACCGAGGAAUGGCUGAGAAAUUCUCCUCGUAGAGGAGCUAAGCACCACGCAGUGGCACUCCCCGAGCAGGGGCCAGCGGAGCGACUCGCCAGUCCCACAGGGAAGAGACUACUAAACACCCUACGGGGUAUGCGAGCCGCUCCGCUGGCACUCCGCGGGCCACUAGCCGUGGGGGCUUUUGUUCCUCUAACGAGGAAUUUGGCUGUGAAUAUUUUCUCAUAUAGGGGUUCUUCCCGAGUAGGGGCCAUCUGAGCGUACUCCACAGGUCGCCAGUAGACUUCCACUUCUUCUACGGUACAAUAUGAAUUUUCUUAGAUUUGCUAAAACAUAUAUUUAAGGUACGUCUCCAUUACCGGGAGAGAUCAGCUCUUUCGUAUACAC